AUGGCUACCGGUAGCUCCGGUAGCCACCAGAAGGAUAUAAGGACGCUUAAUCUCGGUCAUGUACUUUCAUUUACUUCUAUUUGUCCAAGCCUACUUGUCAGAAUAGCGUCCCAUAAGUACUCGAACAAGACCCAUCGUCGCUUGACGUUGAGAGGCUGGCUAAGCCCCACUCUUGUGGCUACUGGCUGCGGUAGCGACGGCUAUGACUCAGUGGGCGGGCUGCCGACAGGUGAUUUGGGCGAGAGCGCUCCAGGCAGCAGUCCGACUUUCAACGUCGGCUUUGACCUUGAACCAAUCGACCCACCGCAGUCUUCUCCAACGGACACGGAAUCAUUAGCCGAGGAGAUGUCAGACCAAGAUCUCAAGCAGCAAUUAGCUGAUAUUCAGAAGGACCAUGAAGAGUGUAUGGCUGACAUUCGCGUAUUUCGAGUCCAUCAAAAGAGUUCAGCCAGCUCCUAUGCUGAGCAAUUUCUGGACAUCUCCCGCCACCUCAAGUGGACUGACGCCGCAUACAUGGCUAUCUUUGAAAAUGGACUGAAAUUCGAUGUCAAGGAUAUUCUAUGUGUAAACAAAAGGCCAGAAACUCUGUCUACUCUUAUUGAGAGGGCGAUCAAAAUUGAUAGCAGUUCAACGCUUGGGAAAGAACCGAUCUGGCUCAUUGCCGUGGGCCGGUCGGAGCUAAGGAUCAUGCUGCUUUCAUAG